AUUUGUUGAUAGUCUGCUGUAGCCUAUGGGAAAUAAUUUACCUUUGACCAUCCUCUGUUUAGGCAGGACCAACAUAUGGCCGCAAGAUGCUUACAGGCUACCUUGCCGCUAAAGGAGUACAUGCUGCAGAGCGUCGUGUUGGCAGUAUACUGAAAAAUAUUUGCCAACCAUACAAUGCUGAGCGAUGUCAUGGAGCACGUAACUUGAAUCCCUCACCCUACUAUGCUAAGUAUAUGGGCCAUAAGCUCCAUAUUGACCAAAAUGAGAAACUGGUCAUGUUUGGUGUGACACAUGUGUUGGCCAUUGAUGGAUUCAGCAGCAUGAUUGUGGCACAUUCCACUAUGCCAGUCAAGAACAACGUCAUAAUAUAUGACCAAGUUUUCAGGACUGCUGUAAUGAAAUAUGGGAUGUGGGACCAGGUCAGAGUCGAUCACGGAAAGGAAUUUUACCUGACCUUGUUCAUGCAAGAAAUGUUACAAGAACACAGACAUGAUCGAGAGGCGGCUCCUUAUUGUCAAACCCAAUCCACAAGAAACCAUACAGUUGAAAGAAUGUGGCCAGAGGUGAAUAACAGGGUGAACUACCCACUGAAGACUGCUCUGGUGGGGAUGACAAAUGCAGAGAUAUUGGACAUGGAGGACAGCAUAUCCAAAUACUGCGUGUCGAAACUCAUUUGCCAACUAGCACAGAUUGGUAUCACAAGGAUGGUUGCAUCAUGGAAUGCACACCGGAUUCCAGGAAAGGGGAUACCAAGUGUACUAUCCAGAGGUGGUUGCCAAGCUAUCGCUCCAGUCAACCAGCUACUCGAUGCCUCUGCAGCGGCUGACCUCUACCAGCAGCACCUAGGAUCACUGACUCGGGAGUCUACCUUUGGUGCUGAUCCUUUCCCAUCUGCAGACGUGAGGUCAAGAGCUGAAAUUGAUUUCAAUGAUCAGUUCCCAGAUAUUGAAGCACUUUUUGAAGCAACCGUACACCGGAACUACAGGCAUUUUCAAGAAGCUGUUAUGUGUCUGAUUGAUGUAACUAAGAGAUAUGUUGAACGCUAGUAAACCUUUACUGGUGUCUUAAAAUUGCAUCAUGUUGUUCACUCAUUUGUAUGUCCAACAUGUGAUUACACGUGCAAUACACCUCUAUUGACUGAGUCAUGUGAGUCUUGAAAUAAAAAGUGUUCAAGUAACAUUU